AUGCCAGCCACUUCAUCAAUGCUUGUAAGAGAAGGCCAAACCAGUCUUUCCCCAUUCUCUUCACCCGAUUUAUCACUCGCCCAUACCCAAUGGCUGCUGGUGCUCACCGCUCGUAUGGAUCAGUUGCACUCAGCGAGAGAUCAUUCACUAGAUUUCGAUCUAGGUGGGACUUCAGUCGAUUCAGACCUUGUGGCCCCACUUGAAGAAGCUGUGGAUGAAGCUAGACGGAUGGUCUGUGCAUUAGGAGGAGAAAUGAGAAGAAGAAGUGAAGGGACGUUACCUCCUUGGGAAAAACGUUCAUUCGGAAAUCAAAAAAUCAAUGGAAAAUGUCAAAUGGGCAGGACGAUAUCUGCUGGAAAGUGA